AUGGCGCACAGUGGUGCUGCACAUAAGACCGCCUCGGUGAUUCUGCGAUUUCUAGAGCUUUCCUCUGCCGUGAUCGUCCUUGGCAUCCUCUCCCGAUUUGCAUACAUGAUCAGUAUUGCCGGGGUUCAUUUAGAUGGAGAUAUUGUCUAUGCCAUGGUCGUUGCAGGCAUAGGUAUUAUCUAUUCUAUUGUCUUCUGCCCACCUUUUGAUUCUCUAUUUUUAAGCUUUCCAUUCGACUUCGUUCUCUUUAUUAUGUGGAUAGUGGCAGCUGGCUUGCUUCAGACGCAAACAAAAACCCAUACCUGCUCAGCAAACUGGUAUUAUGACUACUGGGGUUACUACUGGGGCCGCUAUUGGACCGUGGGACCGGUUGGUAGAGUCACUAUCAACGGGGCUGGAUGUGCGCAGUGGCGGACGGUUCUCGCCUUUUCAUUCAUCGCUUGGUUUCUUCACUUAACCAGCGGUAUUCUUGGUAUAUACGUCUUCCAUAACUAUAUCCGAGUCAAGGACACGGUGGCAUCUGCCAGGCAGCAGAUGAGAAAAAUGUCGUACAGCAGCUAUCCUCCGAGUGGCCGUAAUAGGGAUUCUACCGCUGUGGAAGCCGGCCAAGAAGGUGUCAAUCCUAUACAGCCUCAGCCGCAAGUGUAA